GCACGGGCGCAGGCUGCCCGCGCUGCGAGCGGCCGAGCUGUCAGCGGGAGGACCAGCUGAGGCUGAGCGGAGCCUGGCGGAGAGGAGCAGAAAGCACCGUCCUCGCCGCCUCCGGGAGCCGGAGCUGUGCAGCCUGAUCGUCCGAGUCCACCCAGCGCCGCGAUGCUGCUGCUCGCCCUGCGGCGGGUUCGGGGCAGGGGCUGGGGGCGACCGCCCGAGGGUCCCCGCUGCGCGCGCUCGCCGCCCUGGAGCCCCGCCUGGAUUUGCUGCUGGGCGCUCGCCGCCUGCCAGGCAGCCUGGGCUGGGGACUCGCCCUCCUCGGGCCGCCCGCUUCCUGCGUGCCAGGAGAAAGAUUACCACUUUGAAUACACAGAAUGUGAUAGCACUGGUUCCAGGUGGAGGGUCGCCAUUCCGAAUUCUGCAGUGGAUUGCUCUGGCCUGCCUGACCCAGUGAGAGGCAAAGAAUGCACUUUCUCCUGUGCCUCUGGAGAGUAUCUAGAAAUGAAGAACCAGGUAUGCAGUAAGUGUGUCGAAGGCACCUACUCCUUGGGCAGUGGCAUCAAAUUUGAUGAAUGGGAUGAGUUGCCAGCGGGAUUUUCCAACGUUGCCACAUUCAUGGACACUGUGGUGGGCCCUUCUGACAGCAGGCCAGGUGGCUGUAACAACUCUUCUUGGCUUCCUCGUGGGAACUAUAUAGAGUCUAACCGGGAUGACUGCACUGUCUCUCUGAUCUACGCCGUGCACCUGAAGAAGUUGGGCUAUGUCUUCUUUGAGUACCAGUAUGUGGACAACAACAUCUUCUUUGAGUUCUUUAUUCAGAAUGACCAGUGCCAGGAGAUGGAUGCCACCACAGACAAGUGGGUGAAACUCACAGACAAUGGAGAAUGGGGCUCUCAUUCUGUGAUGCUGAAAUCAGGCACAAACAUUCUGUACUGGCGGACGACAGGCAUCCUUAUGGGCUCUAAGGCAGUCAAGCCCGUGCUAGUGAAAAACAUCACCAUCGAAGGGGUGGCAUACACUUCAGAGUGCUUCCCGUGUAAGCCAGGCACUUUCAGCAACAAGCCAGGCUCGUUUAACUGCCAGCUGUGCCCCAGAAACACCUAUUCUGAAAAGGGUGCUAAAGAAUGCAUAAGGUGUAAGGAGGACUCCCAAUUUUCAGAAGAAGGAGCCAGUGAGUGUGUGGAUCGCCCACCCUGCACUACCAAGGACUAUUUCCAGAUCCAUACCCCAUGUGAUGAAGAAGGAAAGACACAGAUAAUGUAUAAGUGGAUCGAGCCGAAAAUCUGCAGGGAGGAUCUCUCGGAUGCUAUCAGACUGCCCCCUUCUGGAGAGAAGAAGGAUUGUCCUCCUUGCAACCCAGGAUUCUAUAACAAUGGAUCUUCUUCUUGCCAUCCCUGCCCUUCUGGGACAUUUUCAGAUGGAACAAAGGAGUGCAAGCCAUGUCCGGCAGGAACAGAGCCAGCGCUUGGGUUUGAGUACAAAUGGUGGAAUGUCCUCCCUGCCAACAUGAAAACUUCCUGCUUCAACGUUGGGAAUUCCAAGUGCGAUGGAAUGAACGGUUGGGAGGUGGCUGGAGAUCACAUCCAGAGUGGAGCUGGGGGCUCUGACAAUGACUACCUCAUCUUAACCUUGCACAUCCCAGGCUUUAAACCACCAACAUCUAUGACUGGAGCCACAGGUUCUGAGCUAGGAAGAGUAACGUUUGUCUUUGAGACCCUCUGCUCAGCUGACUGUGUUCUGUACUUCAUGGUGGAUAUAAAUAGAAAAAGCACCAAUGUGGUGGAAUCAUGGGGAGGAACCAAAGAAAAGCAAGCGUAUACCCACAUCAUCUUCAAGAACGCAACAUUUACAUUCACAUGGGCAUUCCAGAGAACUAACCAAGGUCAAGACAACAGACGCUUCAUCAAUGAUGUGGUGAAGGUUUAUUCUAUCACAGCCACCAAUGCAGUCGAUGGGGUGGCCUCGUCCUGCCGGGCCUGUGCCCUGGGUUCUGAGCAGUCCGGCUCAUCGUGUGUGCCCUGCCCCCCAGGCCACUACAUCGAGAAGGAAACCAACCAGUGCAAGGAGUGCUCAGCUGACACCUACUUGUCCAUCCAUCAGGUCUAUGGCCAGGAGGCUUGCAUUCCCUGUGGGCCUGGCAGUAAAAGCACCCAGGAUCACUCCACUUGCUACAGUGAUUGCUUUUUCUCCUAUGAGAAGGAAAAUCGGAGUUUGCACUAUGACUUCCGCAACCUCAGCAGUGUGGGUUCACUAAUGAAUGGCCCCAGCUUUACCUCCAAGGGAACGAAGUACUUCCAUUUCUUCAAUAUCAGUUUAUGUGGGCAUGAGGGGAGAAAGAUGGCUCUCUGUACCAACAACAUCUCAGACUUUACCGUGAAGGAAGUGGUGAUGGGGUCAGAUGACUACACUAAUUUGCUUGGGGCAUUUGUAUGCCAGUCCACUAUCAUUCCUUCCGAGAGCAAGGGCUUCCGGGCAGCCCUCUCGUCCCAGUCUAUUAUUCUGGCAGACACGUUUUUAGGAGUCACGGUUGAAGCUGCCUUGCAAAACGUUAAUAUCAAGGAAGACAUGUUCCCAGUGCCACCGAGUCACAUUCCAGAUGUGCAUUUCUUUUAUAAGUCUUCCACAGGUACCACCUCUUGUAUUAAUGGCCGAUCGACCGCUGUGAAAAUGAGGUGUAAUCCCAUGAGACCUGGCGCAGGUGUGAUUUCGGUCCCCAGGGCUGAAUAAAGGUUUUCGACUAACAGGAAAAUAAUAGUUUCUCAGACUACUUUUGAAGAAGACUUACUUUGCAUCUUUUUGGAAGCUUUAAAAUCCGCAAGGAAAAGAAGCUAACCAGACACCUAGUCUUGAAAUGCCUCUUGCUGAUCAGGAGAUCUCAUAGUGAGACCUUGACAGUAGUGUGACGUCAGGAAUUACUCUUUUCCAGCCAGGCAAAAGCGACUUCAGCAUUAGUAAUGUCAGCCGGCUCCUUGAGUCUUGGUGGUCAGGAAUACUUCCUAAAGACCCUCAACUCCAGUGAGGUGAACUGCCUGCACAGGGAGAAUCAGGGAGUGUUCUGCUGAGUGUGGACUUCAGAGGGAGCAUGUCACCUGGACUCCAUCUGCGGUCAGAAAUUUCAGCCUGUCCGCUUGAUCUGGUAAAUGUAUGUAUGUGGCCCCCAGUGGUAGACGGUGUAGUGCCUGUGGCAGAUAAAAUAUGACAGCCUCAGGUGACUUCUGAGAGGCUUUUUUUUUCCUAAUAAAGUUUACUGCUUGGACACAGACUAAAAUACUCAUACAAAGGACUGCUAAUAGCUCAAAUAAUUCUAUAUAGAUGAGGCCACUCCCUGGCUUCUUAGACCUGACGUCAAGCCCCCCUUUAUUUUUUUUUUUUGGUUAGGGAUAAUGCAUACCUAAGCAGUGCACCCGAGAACUGCCCUUUUGACAUAGUAAAGAGAUUACACGUGUGCCUUCUUAGAAAGCAGGCUCGGAGAACGGUCUGUUGUGUGUAACUGGGACAGCCCUUGAGUUAACACAUUCACUCCACCAGGUAGGAAACAGUGAGCCGGAGGCUGUGGAACUGCUGUGCACAACAGUGAGAUGGAGAAACCUCCUAAGGACUCUUGUUCUCUCAUAACAAAACACCUCUUCAAAAUGCCACCCUCCUCCAAUCUCUCGUGAUGUUUGUCAAGAAGCACAGUAAACAAAGAGGCAAAUGGCAGAUUUGUCCCUGGGCAGAGCUCAGCAGAUCGACAGGUUACUGGUAUACUCUUUUGGCUGAACUGCCUUCUCUUAUCAUCAAUACUCGUCUGGAAAGCAUUGCCAUCCCCUCUUCCUUUCCUACAGUUUAGGAACACACUCAACUGCUUGAGCUGUUUAUCAGUCGGUCUAAAAUCGUUUUGUGAAAUCCUCUUGCGGAAUCCAAAUUCAUUUCAUUAUCAGCACGGCCUCCGAAGAUAUUGCAUCUCACCAAAGGAAUGCGCCCAGUUCUGUCCCGAUAGUGAUCGAGAGUUGCAGGCUCCGCGGAUUUAUUUAGUCUUUGUAUCAAAGUCAUCAGGUUUAUUGGACUCUAAUGCAGCAUUUGGUUGAGACAUCAAGGAAGGCCUAUUAAUGUCAAAAAAUCUAUCCAUGUGAAAUUAAGAGCAGAGCUAGAGUAAAUGAGUUCCUUAUCUUUUCCCUCGGAAUCUUUACAAGAUAAUAGAUACUAAAUUUGAAAAGUAAGAUAAUGUAGAAGAUGAAGGUCAAAUGUGUUCUAAGAAUAGAAAUGUACUGAUGCACAUAAAAGCUUUAUGAACAUUUGAAAAUACUCAAAAAAAAAAAAACCCUGUGAUCAGAAAAUGGAAAACCUUUAGUGCAGACUUGCCAGAAUUGGGCAAUUCGAGCACAAAUAAGCCAUCUUUAGGAGACAGAUAUAAUCAUGUCACAAAACAUUCAUGCAUUUUUAACGGUUUUGGAACAGGGAUGAUAAAACUAAAUAUUUUUCCCACUAAGUAAAGCAAUCUACAGAGAAAAGAAAGUAGGGAGGGAGUUAAUUAUUGAGUCCCUGAUCUUGAGCAGAUACUAACUUACAGUAAUUAAUCUAAGUCGAAUUCCUCAGAAAGGGGGUACUUAAAGGUGGGCCUUUGUAUCCCUGAAUCUAAGAGUCCCAGGUGAAAAAUACUUUGCUCAAAUUCAGUUGGCUCGGUCUAAGAGUUUGAGUUCCCCAAACUCUUAAACUCUCAAGUACUCUCAGUAGCUUUGAGAGGUGGUUAGGUUGCCGUGUUCCCAAAGCAUGAAUGAAAUCGGUGUUCUUGUAUAUGUACCCCAAAGAUCUAGCUCACUCCUUAUGCUCUGUGAGGACACACUGUAAGAUAGCACCAUCUGUGGAACAGAGGGUAAGCCCACACUCGGAUGUACUGUAUGCUUAGCCUCCCCAGCCUAUACAAAUAUAAAACAUAUUUAUUGCUUUCAAGUUAGUGCAUUUUGCUAUCACAGACCAAAUAGUGUAAGACAUAGUCAUACACAAUCACACUUAUCCAGAAAAAAAAGGCAAGACACCAUAUUUUAUGGAUCCAAUGCAAGAGGGUUUCUCCAAAUGCCCAAGCCCUACAACAGAGAAAGGCUAUUUCAGGAGAUGCCAAGGCUGUCAUUGCACCCUGGCAGGCUUCAUAGAGAAGGCUCGAUUCAAACUGCGAUACUCGGUUUAUGAUGAAGAAUCAAAACUGGGCACCACACAGAGUAAAGAGUUAAAAGACUUAGGGACUUGGUUCUAAACUGCACUUGACCUAAGUGUAUCCUUAAAAAAGUUAAGUCUACCAAAGAGAGGUUCUGAAUCACUGUAGUUUUGGACACAGUGACAGCCUUAUUAAUGACAUGCAUGUCCAGAUUUUUUUCCUGCAGUUUCUGUAGUUCAGUCAAUUCUCUAGAAAUUGACUCACAUCGUUAACAGUCUUAAAGUGUUGUGGUUAAGCUUCCCAAGUUUGCUGUCUCUUUUUAUGCAUUAUAACCGUCCAGUGAAGACUGGGUGAUACAGCUUCAUCUUUGACAAACUAUAAAAAAUGAGGCAGGCAAAAGAGGAAAUUGGCAUUGUUCAGUUUGGAUUAUAACUCGCGUUAUUGUGGGAAAUUUCUCAAGUUUAAUUUUCUCCAUUGUUUGUUUACAUUUCCUUACAAGGUUUAGCAGGCUCACUCUCCUCUCCCUGCCCUCUUCCCUGCCCCAGGGUAAACAGUUUGCUGUCCCCUCUCUCAUCCUUCUUAGGAAGAGAAAUCAGAAGAUAACUUGAGGAGGAGAGAUUUGAGCUGGACAAUUUUUGCUAAAUGAUCAGAAAAAUGCCCACGUGUUGUAGA